GGUCAGCUGGUGCUGGCGUCAGGCGCUGGGCGGGCUCGCCAGGACCUGGCAAGGCUUGUUUACUAUGGCCGAUGAUCUGGAGCAGCAGCCUCAAGGCUGGCUGAGUAGCUGGCUGCCCACGUGGCGCCCCACUUCCAUGUCUCAGCUGAAGAAUGUGGAAGCCAGGAUCCUCCAGUGUCUCCAGAAUAAGUUCCUGGCCAGAUAUGUAUCCCUCCCAAACCAGAAUAAGAUCUGGACGGUGACUGUGAGCCCCGAGCAAAAGGACCGCACACCCCUGGUGAUGGUGCAUGGUUUUGGGGGCGGCGUGGGCCUCUGGAUCCUCAACAUGGACUCACUGAGUGCCCGCCGCACACUGCACACCUUCGAUCUGCUUGGCUUCGGGCGAAGCUCAAGGCCAGCAUUCCCAAGGGACCCAGAGGGGGCUGAGGAUGAGUUUGUGACAUCGAUAGAGACAUGGCGGGAGACCAUGGGGAUCCCCAGCAUGAUCCUCCUGGGGCACAGUUUGGGAGGAUUCCUGGCCACUUCUUACUCAAUCAAGUACCCUGAUAGAGUUAAACACCUCAUCCUGGUGGACCCAUGGGGCUUUCCCCUCCGACCAACUAACCCCAGUGAGAUCCGUGCACCCCCAACCUGGGUCAAAGCCGUGGCAUCUCUCCUAGGACGUUCCAAUCCAUUGGCUGUUCUUCGAGUAGCUGGGCCCUGGGGGCCUGGCCUGGUGCAGCGAUUCCGGCCAGACUUCAAACGCAAGUUUGCAGACUUCUUCGAAGAUGAUACCAUAUCAGAGUAUAUCUACCACUGCAACGCACAGAAUCCCAGUGGUGAGACAGCAUUCAAAGCCAUGAUGGAGUCCUUUGGCUGGGCCCGGCGCCCUAUGCUGGAGCGAAUUCACUUGAUUCGAAAAGAUGUGCCCAUCACCAUGAUCUAUGGGUCUGACACCUGGAUAGAUACCAGCACAGGAAAAAAGGUGAAGAUGCAGCGGCCAGAUUCCUAUGUCCGAGACAUGGAGAUUAAGGGUGCCUCUCACCAUGUCUAUGCUGACCAGCCACACAUCUUCAAUGCUGUGGUGGAGGAGAUCUGUGACUCAGUUGAUUGAGCCGCUCUCUGAAGAGGAAGAGGAGAAAGCCAGAGAGUCACUCUUGCCUCCCUGUCUGCUUACUCACCCACUCUGUCCUUUCCUCACCAACUAACAUGUGCCAGCCAGGCAGAGUCUUGUGCUCUUCCCAGAACAGGACGACAGUGAAAAGAACACUCUUGACCCCACACUGAAGGCUGAAGGCCACAGGAGGCCUUGAGUGCCACCCCCAGGGAAGAACAUAAAGGGUUGCACAAUGCCCCCCAUCCACUCCUUGCCAAGUGUUACCCAGAUGGUGGCGGAUGUGAAGAGAUUGCACCAAGCCACAAUCACUCUCUCUGCGGCCUUUCUUCCUCUGGGCAAAGAAGGGUUUCCAGUGGCCUUUCCUCGCUCUGCAGUGUUUGUGGGGAUAGGUUCCAUGCAAGAACACCUUCCUCCUCCAUCCCCCACUUCACCCCAUCCCAUACCAGUUCCAUCCAGGGUCUGGUUAACUGCCAAGAGCAGGUCCUGGAGUUCCCUUCACCUGCAGAGUCCUUUUCAUGACCUAGAAGGUCUUAUUCAAAGCCCUCAUUGACAGAGGAGGAAACAGGCCAAGGCAGGACAUGGCUGGACCAUGGUGAUACAGCUCUGUGUGAUUCAAGUUCUGGCAGAGCUUGUAAGGCUAGAGCCCAGGUCUGCCGACACCCUGUGCUUGUUGCACACUUGAUUUGCUAAGGCUGGAGACAGGCACCAUUGCCAUGGGGCUGGUCCUAGUCACUGGCCAAGGAUAAGCCCGUCCCUGCCCCACAUUCUAGCCCCACUAUGCGGGGGUGCUGUUGUCCUGCCUGUGUCUCAUCCCUGGCUGCCUAAGCUAGGGACGCUCAAGUGCUUCCUUCUUUGCCCCAUCUUCCUCCCAACUGGAGGCCUCUGAGCCUCCCCUGUGCCUUGGGCCCUGAUGCCCCACAUGUAGUAUAGAGCAAAGGUGGCUCCUGGUGAAGAGAGGGUGGAAAGGCCCUUCAGCCCCCGAGCCAUGUCUGGGUUCUCCAUGCCCAUCAGUCUCUGCAGUUUCUCUACCUGCCCCCAGAGCUGAGGCCAUCUGCAAGCCCCUGCCCAUGGCCCAGUGGGGAGCCUCCAGCCGCCAGUUCCCUGUCCUUAUCAGCCACUGGGUGGUUCCCACUGCAUGACCCCUCUAUCUCUGCCAUCUGUCCCCAUGGUUUCCAGCUCAAUCCACUCCUGACCCAUCUGUCAGCUCUCUCCCAGGGAGCCGUUUCAGGGGUUCUGGGCAGUAGGCUGGGCCUGGCCUCAGAACCUGGUGGCUCCUGCCUGCUCCUUCACUUUUGUAAAACCAACCCUUUCACCAGAAUGGUAUUAACUCCUGGUGCUUUGUACUACUGGUCCAGCUGCCCUGGGCUCCUUUUCUAUAUUAAUAAAGAAAUGAGUAAAAAUUA